UUUUAUGUUUAUCUAUGUUGUUGGUUGAUGAUAGUAAAAAGAACCCGAAUUCUGCAGCUAAUCGAACCAGCAAGACCUCCGUUUACCUAAGGUCUGUAUCUUAUCCGGAGCGGAUGCCAAAUACUAAAAGCUGAGUUAAUCAUGGAGUGCGGAUAAGGGGAUUACUUAUCACCAACCAUUGGACAUUGGCUAUUUAACUUAUAUAGUAGUAGUUAUGUAGUUAUGAAUGGCUCGACUUUCAAGCAUUUCGCGCCUUGCGUUCGAAAUAGUCACAUCAGUCUGUAGAUUCUUACACCAUGGUUGCAUUGAGCAAGCACGAAGAUGCCAGCGAAAGUGGCCAAAACGGCGUAAAUCAAUUACUGACUGCCAUGGGCGACUAUUACAGCGGCCGGCGGGAUGAGCAGCCCGUAGCCAACAUCUUUGAGGACAAGCGCAUCUUCCCCGAGUUCCGCGGUGGACCUUUGGACGAGUACCGACAGCGGGCUAGCUUUUGCUACAAGCACAUGAACGUGCUGCUUGAGGGCGAGGAUCACAUCCGUAUGAAGCACAAGGUAUGGCAGUGGAUGGAACAGCACCCCGACUACCAGCGGGAUCCAGAAGGAUCCAGCCUGGAACGCACCCGUGAAAUGGCAAACAAGCGCCAACAUCUCCUUUGGGAGCAACAGUUUUAUGGUGUAAAUGAGUACCUGGAAACACCGCACCUUCUGCUUGCUUUUGGCCAGGCCAUCUUUAGUUACGACUUUAGCACAUCAGUUAAGUUCGGCCUGUCCACGGGCAUGUUUCCCAGCACCUUGGUCUCUAACGGAUCUGGCCGUCUAGGUAAAUAUGUGGCCAAGAUCGCGGACAACCGUAUUCUCGGAGCCUACGCCCUUACUGAAAUCUCCCACGGCACCAAUGCACUUGGCAUGCGCACAAGGGCCACCUACGACAUAAACCGGCAGGAGUUUAUUAUUCAUACGCCAGACUUCGAGGCCGCAAAGUGUUGGGUGGGCAACCUUGGCAAGACCUGCACGCAUGCCAUUGUCUACGCCCAGCUAUUCGUCCCUGAUGAUCAGCACCAGGGCCUGCAGGCUUUCCUUGUCCCCAUCCGUGACGAGCGUACUCUGCUCCCCUUCCCUGGCGUGACAGUAGGUGAUAUGGGCGAGAAGAUCGGUCUUAACGGCAUCGAUAAUGGCUUUGUGAUGUUCAACCAGUAUCGUAUACCGAAAGCAAACCUCCUAUCUAAAACCGGAGAUAUUGAUGCGCAGGGCAACUACACUAGCCAAAUUAAGGAUGAGCGUAAGCGUCUUGGCGCCUCUUUGGGUGCCCUCUCCGUGGGACGCGUCAAUAUUACUGCAAUCACAUACGUCGCAUUGAGCAAGGCUGUGACAAUUGCUACUCGCUAUGCGGCUAGCAGGCGGCAGUUCGGUCCUAUGAAUAGUUUGGCGGAGUGGCCGGUGAUCGAGUAUCAAUCACAGCAAUAUCGUCUUAUCCCUCACUUGACCACCACAAUCGCAUUGCGAGUUGCCACACUCUGGAUAGGCAAAGAGAAUGUAGAUUUAACCAUGAAAGGCUUCACCGGAGAGGACACGUCACAGGCGGGAAUGGAAAUCCACGCGAUUUCAUCAGCACUCAAGCCAGUCGCUACGUGGGCUGCCAGGGAUGGAAUCCAGGAGUGUCGGGAGGCUUGCGGCGGCCAUGGCUACCUAAAGUCUUCUGGCUUAGGCGACCUGCGAAACGACAAUGAUGCUAACUGCACGUAUGAGGGCGAAAACAACACUCUCAUCCAACAAGCAUCCAACUGGUUAGUUAGUCUACGACGCAACAACGCUGACUUCGUAGCCGUCUCUCCGUUGGAGACGGUGACCUUCUUAAAGGAUAUGGAUGAACUGUUGCAAAGCAAGGGCCAGGAAAGUACGCCUAUCGAAGCCAUGGAUGUGCACAAUUUGCUAAAGGCGCUCAAUUGGCUAACGGCCUGGCAACUGGAGGCGACUGUGAAGCGGGUAGAGGGACAACAGCGUGAUGGAAAGGAUGCGUUUGAAACGCGAAAUAAUAUACAGGUUUUUGCUGCCCAGAAGCUUUCUGUAAUAUAUGGAGAGCGCACCAUCUACUACGUUUUUUAUAAUUUUGUGGACAGCCUACCCAAUUCUGAUGAAAAAAAGGUGCUGCAGCAGGUACUUUCCUUUUACGGCGGCCAUUUAAUCAUCAAGUACUCCUCUGUUUUUUACCGCGGUGGCUACUUCCGCGAAAACUCGCUUCAACUCGAGUUGUACGAGCAAGGAAUCUUGGGGCUGCUUCCCGUGCUAAAGGAUGAAGCUAUUGCUCUAGUGGAUGCCAUUGCUCCCACAGACUUUAUUUUGAACUCACCCCUGGGCAUGAGCGAUGGAAAUGUCUACCAGCAUCUUCAGCGCACGAUUGUUUCAACUCCGGGUGUCUACGAGCGCCCACAUUGGUGGCGUGACGUUACCUACAAGGAUUACCUAAAGCGCGCAAAAUUGUAGGGUCAAAGAAACCAACCUCUUUUACUUUCUCAACAUUGUGUUUUUAAAGUUUAUUUUCAGUUGUAUAACACGAAUUUUAAUAAAUCGGUUUUACCAAGAA